GUAGAAACACAUUAUUGAAACGCAACGCCACCCGACAAAACGUGAUGCGUGUUGAGUGGAAUCAAUUCGUACUAUUUUCUAUGCCUAGAAUCACAUUAUAAACACCCGACGCAACAACAUGCGCGCACACGCCACCCGAUCCCUGACUGCCAGAUCAACGUGUCGCCGGUGGUGGGGGUAAACACGUCACCCGACGCACCGCUCGCAGUGUGUUUCUAGUGCAGACCCGACGCCACGCGUCAUUUGUUCGAGAACUUUCUUUGAUUUUGCACGCGGAUUUUAUUUGCAUCUUUUGGAAAUGAGGGACGAACAAUUAAUAGAAUUAGUGAAACGAUAUCCUAUUCUAUAUAAUACUAAUUUAGCUCAGUACAGGGACCAUACUGUACGAAAUAAUGCUUGGGAAGAAAUUGCAGGGGAAAUGGAUACACCAGUUGAAGAUGUAAAAAAUAAAUGGGCAAAAUUAAGAAACUGCUUCACAAAUGCAUUGAAAAGACGCCGCAAGAAGAGUGGUCAAGCAGCAACUAAUUUAGUACCUUGGAAAUUUGAGAAGCAGAUGGAAUUUCUGUUACCACAUUUAGAAGGGAGACAGACUGUUACAAACUUAGCUGAUAUAAAUGAUGAAGAUUCAACACAACACUCUGAAUUGCAAUUUUCUGAAGAAUCUGCACUUUCACCUCCUCCUAUAAUUCGUUCACCUACUCCAGGGUCCUCUUCUUCCAGGGCAUCUGCUGCAAGGGCUUGUACUUCUCUAAAUUUUACCCCGAGACGCACAAACAAAAAUGAUAGUGAUACUCAAAUUUUACGAGAAAUGGUUGAUGUAAUGAAAACGACGCAGGAUAUGAGACAGAAAAGAGGAGUACCAGACAUGGAUGAAAAUGACUAUUUUUUUUUAUCAAUGAGUAAACAAUUGAAGAAGUUACCUAAAACAGACCAAGCUGAAAUAAAAUUUCAAUUACAUAAGCUAAUACAUGAUUCGGAAAUGAAAAUGCUAAAUAACCGUGAAAGAAUUCUGAACACUCCGAUAAAUAUUACUAGUGAUAAUAUAAUUCACAAUUCUAAUAAGCCAUUUAUUGUAAAACCAAAUCAAAGUCCAUAUACACACACUAGGACAUCAGAAAAAGAAAAUGUACCGGUUAAUAUUAUCCCUAACCAAACAUCGCGUGACUUAGAGAAGACUACAUUAUACUAUAACUUAAAUACGAAUCAAAUAAUGUCGAAUCCAAAUGUGACUCAAUAUAGAUAUUAUGACCAUUCUCUAUCAGCACAAAAUGAAGUGUCAAAAGUAGAAGCUGGACAGUUGCCAAAUGAAAAUACUAAUUUGAAAGAAUAUUAUGAUAGUUUUGACCAUGAAGAAAAGUUUUGAAAGACAGUCUGAUCUUAUUUUUUUUUUUAAUAUCUAGUAGUUACUUACCU